AUGAAAGAGGUGAAGAGCGAGCGGGAGCGGGGCAGCCGGCGCCGGCACCGGGACGAGGACGUGGCGGCGGUGGCGGCGGCGGCGGCGAUGGUGGUGGUGAAGCAGGAACGCCUCAGCCCGGAGGCCGCGCCUCCCGCUCACCGCCGCCCGGACUCCGGCGGCAGCGCGUCCCCGCCAGCCGGCGAGCCUGGCCGCCCCGGUCACCGCGGGAACCGAGCGCAGAGACGUAGCCGAUCCCCAGCCAAAAAGAAAAAGUCCUCAGGGAGAAGAAGCAAGUCUCCUCGGAGUAACAGAAGCCGAAGUCCUCACCACUCAACAGUCAAAGUGAAGCAGGAACGUGAGGAUCAUCCACCCCGGAGAGAGCGGGAAGAUCGGCAGCACCGGGAAUCAUCGGGACAGGAACACAGGCGAGCCAGGAGUAGUGACCGAGGCAGGCACAGGAGCCACUCCCACCAGAGGAGAACCUCUAACGAGAGACCUGGGAGUGGGUUGGCUCAGGGACGUGAUCGAGACCUUCAGAACCUGCCGGCUCAGGAAGCAGAGCGGGAGUUUUAUAAUGCCCGAAGGCGGGAGCAUCGCCAAAAGAAUGAAGGCAGUACCAGUGGUAAUGAGUCUCAGGAGUUGGUUCCUCCACCUGGUGGCAACAACAAAAGCAAAGAGGUGCCCGUCAAGGAAAAGCCAAGCUUUGAACUUUCUGGGGCACUUCUUGAGGACACAAACACCUUCCGAGGUGUAGUCAUUAAAUACAGCGAGCCCCCUGAAGCACGUAUCCCUAAAAAACGGUGGCGUCUCUACCCAUUUAAAAAUGAUGAGGUGCUUCCAAUCAUGUACAUUCAUCGACAAAGCGCUUACCUCCUGGGGCGACACCGCCGUAUUGCAGACAUUCCAAUCGAUCAUCCCUCUUGUUCCAAGCAGCACGCAGUCUUUCAGUAUAGGCUUGUGGAAUACACCCGUGCUGAUGGGACAGUUGGCCGCAGGGUGAAGCCUUACAUCAUUGACCUUGGAUCAGGCAAUGGAACAUUCUUGAAUAACAAGCGCAUUGAGCCACAGAGAUACUACGAACUGAAGGAAAAAGAUGUACUUAAAUUUGGGUUCAGCAGCAGAGAGUAUGUUUUGCUUCAUGAGUCCUCUGACACCUCUGAAGUAGACAGGAAAGAGGACGAGGAUGAGGAGGAGGAGGAAGAAGUAUCUGACAGCUAG